GCGGCGGCGGCGGCGGCGGCAGCAUGCCCCGGCGCGCGCGGCGGUGCGGGCUGUGAGGGGCGCGGCGGGCGGGCGCGAUGGGCCGGCGGCGGGUGCCCGAGCUCUACCGGGCCCCGUUCCCGUUGUACGCGCUGCAGGUGGAGCCCGGCGCGGGGCUGCUCAUCGCUGCGGGCGGAGGCGGCGCCGCCAAGACCGGCAUCAAGAACGGCGUGCACUUUCUGCAGCUCGAGCGGAUCAACGGGCGGCUGAGCGCCUCCCUGCUGCACUCCCAUGACACGGAGACGCGGGCCACCAUGAACUUGGCCCUGGCCGGGAACGUCCUGGCGGCGGGGCAGGACGCGCGCUGUCAGCUCCUGCGCUUCCAGACCCGGCAGCAGAAGGGCACAAGCAAGGCGGAGAAGGCUGGGGCCAAGGAGCAGGGGGCCCGGCAGAGGAAGGGCGCCGCUGCCCCAGCGGACAAGGCCGGCUCAGAAACCCACGCCGAGGGGGUCGAGCUCAACAUCCAGAGCCUACAGGCGGUGCAGACGGACUUCGGCCCCGAACCUCUGCAGAAAGUCGUUCGCUUCAACCAUGACAAUACCCUGCUCGUCACUGGAGGGACGGACGGCUGCGUCCGCGUGUGGAAGGUUCCCAGCCUGGAGAAAAUGCUGGAGUUCAAAGCCCACGAAGGGGAGAUUGAGGACCUGGCUUUGGCGCCCGACGGCAAGCUCGUAACUGUGGGCUGGGACCAUAAGGCCUGCGUGUGGCACAAGGACCAGCUGUUGACCCAGCUGCAGUGGCAAGAGAACGGACCCACCUUUUCUAGCACGCCUUACCGCUACCAGGCCUGCAGGUUUGGGCCAGUUCCGGACCAGCCGUCGGGGCUUCGACUCUUCACAGUGCAGAUUCCCCACAAGCGCCUGCGCCAGCCCCCACCCUGCUACCUCACAGCCUGGGACGGCGCCUCCUUCUUGCCCCUCCGGACCAAGCCCUGUGGCCAUGAAGUCAUCUCCUGCCUUAGUGUCAGUGACUCGGGCACCUUCCUCGGCCUGGGCAUGGUCACGGGCUCAGUCGCCAUCUACAUAGCAUUCUCUCUGCAGCGCCUCUACUACGUGAGGGAGACCCACGGCAUUGUGGUGACUGACGUGGCCUUUCUGCCUGAGAAGGGCCGUGGCCCCGAGCUCCUUGGAUCCCAUGAAACCGCCCUGUUCUCCGUGGCCGUGGACAGUCGCUGCCAGCUGCACCUGCUGCCCUCCCGGCGGAGCGUUCCCGUGUGGCUUCUGCUGCUGCUCUGUGCCGGCCUCAUCGUGGUGACCAUCCUGCUGCUCCAGAGCGCCUUGCCCGGCUUCCUGUAGCCUCCCUGUCCCUUCCAGACCAGAGUGGAGCCCGGGGCUGGCACCAGGUUCAUGGCCCCUGGCUCCACAGCUGCGGUGGUCUCUGCUGAGACCAAGAGGUACCGCCUGCCCUGCCUACUUCAUUUGGUGGCAUCAGGUGCAGCGGCACUGGCAGUCACCUGUGGAUCGACCUAGGCCAGCCGGUGUCUGGACAGCCACCGCCAGCCCGCCGCCUCUCCUCCAGCCUGUCAGAGGCUCCGGGGUUGAGUUGUCCUUUGUCCAGAAAUAUGUGAAGUUGCCCAGGAGCCAGCAGGCACUGCUGGCUCCUCUCCCACAGCCAGGGUCAGCACUGUCCCCGCCCUGCUCGGAGGGAAGGAAGGGGCCAGUGAAAGACCCGGGGGAGGGGGGUGUUGUGGAUUGAACGGGGUCUCUCCAGGCCAGCCAGGUUAACUGCGCUGUGGGGUCUCGGACAGUUGACCCCAACCCCCAGGAAAGGGGAAAUGAACUUCAGUCCACCGGGGAGGGAAAGCUGAUAUUUAAU